AGGAGGACCCAAAGGAAAAUCCAUCUCUCUCUGCCCACGUCCUCACACGCUGCAGACAAUCCUACCAAAGGAAAGCCAAACUAUGAAGCUUUAGUUAACAACAGCUGAGCAUUUGUCACAGCCUCCCGAUGCUUUUAGCUUUUUGUUGGUUGUUUUCAGCUCGACUCUGAUUCUUGAAGAGUCGCUUUUGCGCAGAAAAGCCGCCCCGGUGCGCUUAAAAAAAGUGCCCAUGCGGAUACGACAAAACGUUUCUGCCACGUUUUAACCAAAAAAAACAAAACGGAGUAGCAUCGAUCGAUUGUACUUUGAUUUUUUUUCUUUUCCUUCAUCGUCUGCUGUCGACACGGCGGGACUUGUGUAGAGAGAUAGUUUUCUGAACUUCUCUGAGGAGGCAGUUUGCAGAUACAAGAAAUGCUCCUCCAGCUCCUCACCGUGGCCUGCGGGCUCUGCUGCUUUGGUUUUACCUCCGUCACUGCAAAUGUGCUGAAAGCAGAGGCUUGGCUGCAGCAGUAUGGCUACCUGCCUCCAGGUGAUGUCAGAGCCCAGGCUAUUCGCUCACCCAAGUCCAUUGCAACGGCGAUUGCAGCCAUGCAGAGGUUUUAUGGUUUGACUGUCACCGGCUCCAUAGACUCCAACACGUUAGAGGCGAUGGGCCGGGCACGAUGUGGCGUCCCAGACAAGUUCGGCCCACAGCUGAAAACCAACCUGAGGAGGAAGAGAUACGCGGUGCAGGGUCUGAAGUGGGACAAGUCUGAGGUGACCUUCAGCAUACAGAACUACACCCCAAAAGUUGGCGAACACGCCACAUACGAAGCCAUCCGAAAGGCCUUCAAGGUGUGGGAGAGCGCGAUCCCGCUCACCUUCAGAGAGAUCCCCUACAGCCACAUCAGGGACAAGGUUGACAAGUUCGCAGACAUCAUGCUUUCCUUCGCGGAGGGUUUCCACGGAGACAGCACACCGUUUGACGGCGAGGGCGGCUUCCUGGCGCACGCUUACUUCCCCGGCCACGGCAUCGGAGGAGACACGCACUUUGACCUUGCCGAGCCCUGGACCACUGGGACCGUCGACCAGGGAGGUAAUGAUGUUUUCCUGGUGGCCGUCCAUGAGCUGGGUCACGCUCUGGGUCUGGAGCACUCCAACAACCCCUCUGCCAUCAUGGCCCCCUUCUACCAGUGGUUUGAUACUGAAAACUUCCAGCUCCCCGACGACGACCGCAAAGGCAUCCAGGCCGUCUACGGAACAAAGUCCGGAGCUCCCCCUCCUCCCCCUCGACCCACAAAGCCGUCCAUCAGGCCAGAGCACGGCCCAGACAUCUGUGAGGGACACUUUGACACCAUCGCUAUCCUCAGAGGGGAGAAGUUUGUAUUUAAGGACAAAUGGUUUUGGCGUGUGCGUAACAACAAAGUGCUGCCAGGAUAUCCCAUGGCCAUUGGUCACUUCUGGAAAGGCUUGCCAGCAAACAUCAAUGCCGCCUAUGAGAGAGAUGAUGGGAAAUUCAUCUUCUUCAAAGGUGACAGAUACUGGGUUUUCAGUGAGUCUAGCAUGGAUAAGGAUUCCCCCAAGAGCCUGAAAGAACUGGGUACUGGUCUACCCAAAGACAAGUUAGACGCUGCUCUCUUCUACACACCAACAGGACAGACGUACUUCUUCAGAGGCACCAAGUACUACCGUUUCAACGAGCAGACUCGCACUGUGGACAAAGGCUAUCCAAAGCCUAUCAGCACGUGGAGCGGAGCACCAGACAACAUGAAAGCUGCCAUCAUGAGCGAGGACGGAUCUUACACGUAUUUCUACAAAGCCAACAAGUACUGGAAGUUCAACAACCAGUACAUGAAGGUGGAGUCCGGCUACCCCAAGUCUGUGCUCAGGGACUGGAUGGGCUGCGAAAGCGAGGAGCCCAAGAAGGGUCGGGACGAGGAGGUGAUCAUCAUUGAGGUAGACGAAUCGCAGAGCGGGGCCGGGCCGAUAGCCGUGGUGAUCCCUCUCCUCCUACUGGUGCUGGUGGUGGUCACUCUGGGAGCUCUUUUGUUCUUCAGGAAGUACGGCACGCCUCGACGUCUCCUGUACUGCCAGAGAUCCCUGCUGGACAAGGUGUAGACAGAGCGACGGGUGAUUGACAGACUGCCACAGAGGGACAGAAAGAGAGGGAGAAAGAGGGCCGGAUGAAGAUGGAAACUGAGAGGGGGAAAGAAAUGAAAGAGGAGGAGAGAGCAACUGGAGACAAGAUGGAUGAUUAGGGAUUUUUUUUAAAAAAAGGGACGAUGUGUUAAGGUUUGGGUGGUUUGUAUGUGCCACAACAGAGUUUUCUCAACAAAAAAAAGGCCCUAGAAACUGAAAUCAGGAAAAUGUGUAUUUGUAUGUUAACUAUUUACAUGUACUGUUCUGUGUUCAGAGAUUAAGAACAUACCCACAAUCUCACAUAGAGAAGGGGAAAUAUACAAAAAAAAAAAAAAGACUUCAUCAAUGACUUCCCUCCCGCCUCUCCUCUCUCACAACCCUCAAAAAAAAGAAAAAAAUCCCUCCUUCUUCUCCUUUAACUGGACGACUCCAGCUGAACUGCUGUCUGAUUCAUUAGUUUCAUCACGUUUCACAAGUCUGUGCUUUUCAGUUUGGGUUUUACUCAGAAAUUUGUAAAGAGUUUUUACUCUAAAAUACAUUUGCUGUCAAACUUUUGGGGAUAUUUUUGUCGGGGAGUUUUACUUUUUUAACUUUAAUUCAUCAUUUUGACAUUACAUUUGCUCUUAAAUCUGUUGUUUUGGCAACAUUUUGCAAUAUCUCCUGUAUUUUUUUUUCUACCACUAAGUAGGGCUGGGUAUCAAAGUUCAUACAGCUCUGGUAUUGUUUAAAAUGUCUCCACAUCACGAGCACGAAAACCGUUAAAUACCUAAAGUGGCAUUGAGUUUCAGGUCAGAUUUCGACUGUUUUAUUUUGGUAAAUCUUAUGUACAGCUGCAUGUGUUAAGACAACAUUUAAGAUUUGAGAUCUUUGGCUUCUUUUGUUAAAUAAACAUAUUUCUUGUUGUAGAAAAGCAUGCUUUGUAUUUCUCAAAGUAAGGUGCAGUAUAUGCAUUGUUUUGGAGAAAUGAUACCCAGCCCUAAUACUAUUAAGAGGUUUCUCUCCCUUCUGCUAACGCCUGCCUUUCUCACAGGUACUCAGUCAGUUGCUAAAGAUGGAGACCGUGUUCAGUUUUAGGAAUAAUUACCUCCCUGAUUGUUGGAUGGAUUUUAUGGAGCUGAGUGUAACAGCACAGCCGUAAUGCACAGUGUUAGUAUUGAUUGAUGCAGACUUUUCAACAUGCAGAGAUAGGUAUCAUUUAAACCAAGAUUAUGUCCACAAAAGUCAGACUUAACUUGGGGCUGUGAGGCGACCCCCCCCCCCCCCCUCUUAAUCAUCUGGUUGCACCCCCCCACCCUGUCGAAAAGUCUCUUCUGGUACAAAAACUACAGUAUGUAACUACAACUUGAGUCGUUUAGACUUGCAGCCAAAACUCUUCUUUCAGUGCAAGCAGUCAGAUGGGAAAGAUAAUAAAAAAAAUAUGUGAUGUUUUAUCUCACAAAUAACAAACAUUCCAGUACAUUUGUUGUCUAUUAACGAGCAGAGCGGCUCGUCUAAAUGUGUGAGUAAGCGGUACAGUUUCCAACAAUAUGGUGCAAUCUUUAAUUAUUAUCGUUUUUAUGGGAAAUUGUUAUUAUUAUUAUAAGUAUGGUUAUUGUUAUUAUUGUUCUCCUGGUAAAGUUAUAAUAACUUUUUUUUUUUUUUUUUUUGCUUUUUGUACAUUGUCAUUUGGAGUCCUGCUGGACAGAGGCAUAACGUGACAAUGAUGGAAUUGAAUCCCAGUUUACAUUCAGCGUGCGGUGAAUUAGAUCAGAUGAGGGGGGUAAAUGUGAUUUCAGGGAGUUUUAAUAUUCUGAAACACCCGAAAUUUACCCAGACGUCGGCACAGGAUAACAAGCAAUGCUAUUUAUGAACUUUGACACAGAUGGUGCUCAAUGUUUGGUUUUUUUUGUUUUGUUUUGUUUUAUACACAAAUCAAAAUUGAAGGUGAAUUGAUUUAGUUAAUAACAAUGAUAAUGGUAAUGAUAUUUAUAAUGAUGAUCAUAUCAAUAAAAUGGAAUGAGAUUUUUUUUUUCUUGCCUGUUUUCACUUUUGUAUUUCAUUAGAUAAAGUAAAAUUAAACUAUUUUCUACAAUCUGUCAUAUAUUUUUUUUUCAAUGCUUUCAAAACCUCGUCAGUGUCUGAACAGGAACGCACUUACACACAGAAAAGCACAAUAUUAAAUGCACUUUCAGCUGAUGAAAUGUUUGAUUUUGACUCAAAUUAAAAAAAGAACUCAUGUUAGAUACCAAAUAUUUACUAGAUAUUGGGGUGAGAUGUAAUUCUACCACUUUAUUGAUCAAUUUAUCCAUAUUUGUCUAAUUACUUUCUGUACUUUUGAAAAACAGGUGGUCAGGAUUUGAAAAGAGGUAAAUGCUCUUUCACAGUAUGUGUUAACAAAAUCCCAUCAAUGAUCUGACCGAAUCCUUUCAAAACCCUUCGAUAAACCCAAAAGUGUUUGGUAGUCGAGCUGAAAACAAGUUUGUUUUGCUUGAGUUCUUGAAACGGUUGGAGAUAAAGAAUCAAGAUUUAAAAGAUUUAAACCUUGAUUUAUGCAAACAUCUGUUUAAUGGUCUUGAUUGACAUGCUUCACGCUAUAACUAUAAAGUAUAUACUGUAAUAAUCGUAUGUAUUAAAAGGGUACUCUUCCCUAAAACUGGGAGUCACA